AUGGACCCAGGGACUAUAAAGGACAUUCUCCGAGGGAAAUCUCUCAUUCUUCCUACAGAGCGAUCCAACAACGUGCGUCUAUUCAUAAGCUCCACUUUUUCAGACAUGGCAGAGGAACGUGAUGCACUCAUGGAAUUGGCCUACCCUGAGGUGCAAGCCUUCUGCCAGAAACAUGGUCUAACAUUUGAGGUGGUGGACAUGCGUUGGGGAGUCCGAGAUUAUGCCUCAGUGGAUCACAUAACUACAGACCUUUGUCUGAAGGAGAUUGAAACCUGUCAGAGGACCUCUAUUGGACCCUAUUUUAUUGGAUUAGUUGGUAACCGCUAUGGCUUUCGACCCAUUCCUCGAGUUAUUGAUGAAGAAGAAUUUAACAUCCUUUACAAGAAAAUACUCAAAGAUGAAGCCAAAGCAAAACUUGUGGACAACUGGUUUUGGAAGGACAUGAAUGCUGUUCCUCCUUGUUUUGUAUUUCAACCAAUCACAGUACAUCUCCCUCAUUUUUCUGAUACGAAUCCAUCCCAUGCAGAGCUUCAGGCAACAGAGGUCAAAGAAUGGGGAGAAAUCGAGAGACAACUGACUUGGACACUACGCUUAGCUGCACAAGAUGCACAUAGAGAAGGAUUAAUUACACUAAAGCAAAGACACAAGUAUUACAAAUCAGUGACAGAAUGGGAGAUUGACAGUGGACUCUCAGACUGUAGUACCAAUGAGGCAGGCUCUACUAUUAUAUUCAGGGAAGUGAAGGAUAUGAAUCUCUGCAAAGAUAAGCCCCUUAUUGAUGUUAAAGAAGAUGGAAGCUCAGAUACAGAAGCUCAAGAACUUUUAGGAGAGCUGAAAUCCUGGAUACUGCAGGCGCACCCAGAAAAAGUGAAGACACAUACUGUUGAGCUAAGUAACCAGACGUCUAAGGCAACUUACCUGCAGAAACUCUGUGACCAAGUCAUUGCUGUGGUUAAUCACCAGAUACUUAGUUGUUUAUCCAGGAAAGACAUGGACCUACCAGAUUCACAGAAAAAACAUCCUUGGUUAGGAGGGUUGAUGCAGGAGGUCAAACAUCACCUGGCCCUUUCUCGUGAAAAAUCAGAAGUAUUUUGUGGACGUCAAGAGAUGCUUCAUAGUAUCUUAGGUCAAGUCAAAGAGAAGGGAGACCAGGUGCGACCUCCUCUUAUCAUUUAUGGAGUGUCUGGGUCUGGAAAAACUGCAUUGAUGUGUAAGGCUUUUGAAAUGCUUAGACAGUUCAGCAAUGGGCGUCAUGUGUUGAUACAGCGACUUCUAGGAACAUCACCUCAAAGCUCAGAAAUCCAUGAUGUUCUCAAGAGUAUUUGCUAUCAGGUAUGCCUAGCAUAUGAUUUGCCACCACCUACUGCCCAGGUUACUAACAUUUACAAUGAGACAGUAAGAUUUUUUCAUCAAAUUAUCACAACAGUAUCUCACAGAAAUACAGAAACGUUGGUGCUUUUCUUGGAUUCACUAGAUCAGCUCUCCCCAUCAGAAGGUGCCCAUCAACUUCACUGGUUGCCAAAAGAGUGUCCAACCAAUGUACACAUCGUGUUGUCCACAUUACCUGAAGAAGGCGGCAUCCUGAACACUUUACGAGAGAACAUCAUAGAUGUAACCUCUUAUUUGGAAGUCCAUCCACUCACUGCUGAACAAGGUGGCCAGGUGAUUGAAAUGCUCAUGACUUCAGCUGGGCGCAAAUUAACACCUGCUCAACAUAAGAUUGUUUUAGACAGUUUCAGAAAAUGUGGACAACCACUGCUGCUUAAACUGGCAUUCGAUGAGGCCAAGAGAUGGUUAUCAUACACGCCCACCUCAGACCUCCAGAUUGCCACCAGCACAAAGGAAGCUGUGCUACAUUUGUACCAGCGGCUGGAAGAGCUUCACGGCAAACUAUUGGUGUCUCAUGCUUUGGGAUACAUUGUGGCAUCCAGGAGCGGCCUGUCAGAAGCAGAGUUAAAGGAUAUCCUUUCUAUAGAAGAUGAUGUUCUCUCAGACAUUUAUCAGUAUUGGGCUCCUCCAAGCAAAGAUGUCAUACGCCUGCCCUCCCUAUCAUGGACUCACUUCCGCUAUGACCUGGAGGGAUAUUUGGUGGAGAGGCGAGCAGAUGGGAGCACAGUGCUAGGACUAUAUCACAGGCAGUUCAUUGAAGUGGCACAAGACACCUACCUGAGAGGUGCAGAAAAGAAGAAGAGACAUCAAACUUUGUCUGAAUACUUUAUGGGUACUUGGAGUCUGGGUGCUAAGCGUCCUAUAGAGCUACCACUCAUUAAGUUGUCCCUGAGCGCUGACAGGAAGGUAGCUCCACAGCCAUUGUGGUUUUCAGAAGAUAUGCCCAAUCUGAGAAAAAUGAGUGAGCUGCCUUACCAUCUUCUCAAUGCAGGUUGUUUUGAUGAACUACAGAAGAUCAUUAUAGGCAAUAUGGAGUGGAUAUCUAGCAAAAUUGUCUCCUGUGGAAUCAACAGUGUGAUCAAAGACUUCGAAAUGUGUGUGAAACAUCUUAAUAAUGACCAGGCUAAACUUGUACAUGACACCCUGCGGCUCUUCCAACCUACCAUUAAUUUCAUUGAGGGUCGCGUAGAUCCCUGCAUUAUAUACGUAGAGAUGUUGGCAAGGCUACAUUUCCUUAAGUUGACCUGUCCAUCCCUGAUUGGUGAUCUCUGCCAGCAAUGUCUCACUUGGUUUGAUCAAUAUCCACAUCCGACCUUCAUUCCUAUGAGCGGAUUCUUCCAGCCACCUGGUGGGCCUCUGAAGACCACUCUUACAGGAUUCACAAAAGGGAUCACUGUAAUGGAGGUCUGUCCGGAAAAGGAUCUUCUUGUGGUGGGAUCUGACGAUGGGACCAUGAUAGUGUGGGACAUCAAGGAUAUUGUGGUUAUGCACACUUUAAUUGGCCAUUCUGCUGGAAUACGAUGUGUAAAGGUUUUUGGUUUAGGAACUCGGGCAGUCUCUAGUUCUCUGGACCAUACCUUGCUCCUGUGGAAUCUGGUAACAGGCAAACCAUAUUUGUGUAUUGAAGAUCAUUCAAACUACGAAACUACCUCUCUGCAUGUAGAUGAGAAGAUUGGUAUCAUUUAUUCAGUAACUGGAUCUCAGGUCUGUGGCUGGAAUAUAGAAUCUGGUGACCCUGUUCUGCAACUCUCGCCUGGAGUUCCUGAGUUUCCAGUGCAAGCUGCUGUAUUUACCCCUCAAAAGAUCAUAAUGACAGUGACAGAAGGGGGCACAGUUCAUCUAUGGGACAAUCUAACUGCAGAACUUCGCGGAUCACGACAGCUCCCGGAAAUAGAUGGAGAGACAGCAUAUCCUACUUGUAGCUGCGCCAUUCCAAAAUAUGGAAAGAUGGUUGUAGGAUUCAAAAAUAGCUUCUUAGCACAGAUAUCCUCAGGAGGAGCAGUUUCAACACAAAAGAUGCCCAGCGCCAUCAUCUUUGUAAUAGCGGCUGAUGAUGAGUCACUCUUUGCUGCAGGAUUUGGAAAACAAGUCCAGGUGUUCCGGGCUGAUUCUAAUACUUUAAGGACUUUCCUGGACUCAUAUCUUCAACAUGAAGACCUGGUAAAGACGGCUGUGAUUAACAGUGAGAAGAAAAUUAUAAUAACUGGAUCACAAGAUGAAACCAUUCGGGUCUGGAGUUUGUCUAAGAGGGGUACUCUACUGGAUUCCUUUUAUGGGAUGGGAAUGCCAGUCACUGGCCUGGCCCUGAUGGGAAGGACAUUGAUCUCAUCUUCCAGUAAUGCCUACUACCUCAAGUUGUGGACCCUGGAUUAUAAUGAGAAGCACAAGACGCUACCUCCUUUCCAGGACUGUAGUGGUUGUGUUGCAUUGUCAAAUACAGGAGAGCGGGUUUAUUUCCCGAAGACUGGUGACAAGCACAAGAUUGUGGUCUGGGACACCGUGAAUGGUCGCAUGGCAGAUAUCCUGGAGGCUUCUUCUGAAGUUAAUUGUCUGGAGAUUGCAAAUUGCAAGAGAAUUUUGUUCUGCGGGCUGAUCUCUGGCACUGUACUGGCAUUUCCAUUAGACCAGAGACAGGACGUUGCUUGUAUUCCUCCCCAUGAUCAUGGAUCGGCUGUGAUUUGCCUAUCACUGAGCAAACAGGAAAGCUACCUGGCUGUGGCUUACAGUGACAUAAUUCUACUAUUUGAAAUUACAAAAGGGGAUCCUCUCCCGAUGCUUGAUGGCCCCAUGUUCUCAAUACGUCCAGAAGUCCCCAGUCCUGUGACCAGAGUAGCCAUAUUUGAAGACCAAAGGGUGAUUUAUGGGAUGUCAGGAGGAGAGCUUUGGCUCUUUUCCCCUGAAACAAUUGAGAACCACCAAUUGGAGUCUCAUGAAAGUAAAGUCACUUGCUUGGAAAUAAGUACAAAGGAAACCUAUGUACUUAGUGGCAGCGAGGACUCUGUCCAGCGUCUGUGGAACAUGGAGACAGGUCAUUGGGAACAUGAGAUGUAUUACGAGGGCUUCUUCUUUAAAGGUGUGGACUGCGCCUGCUUCUCCCCAGAUGACUGCUACAUUUACACCGGAUCUAAGGACAGAGUCAUUAAAGUGUGGGAUGUAGCAAAUGGAACACUGCUUGCAGCACAAUAUGUAUAUGCAACAGUCACUCGUAUUGUCUCCACCCCUGAUGGAUGUAUGGGCACCACAAGGCUGGGAUAUGUGAUCAGGGAGAAGUUUCAGUGUCCGCAAGUCAUAAGCUCUCAGUUUAACCCACUAAAGAACAUAAAAGCCACAUACACUGUCAAGUCUAGGAAAGUCAAGGACAACUCCAAAGAAACUGUCCGAUCUGAGACGAAAGCAGGAAAAAAAUGGUGGAAAUGCAAGGAGCAAACUUCCAAAACUUCACAAGUAUGUCACAUUGUGUGAAUGGAGAGGACCUAUGACUCUUUCAGAGAUGUGCAAGGGAUAGACUAGGUUACAACUUUGCCUUCUUCUAGAACCACCCUUAUAGCAGUCCGCAGCACUUACCUUUGAAUAAUGAAUCAAGUACAUUUUUCCAAAGGGUCUAAUAUGUCCUUCAGUGAUGGUGGCACGAAAAU